GAAGAUAUGGCACAUUCUUAUGUGGCUUGCCAAGAAGAUGCCGGUCUUUCGAGAAUUUUUCAUUUUGAGUGCUAUUAUUGUUUCCUUGGCUAAUGCUGGGAAACAUGACAUCUACUCUGGCUUCACAGUCCACGGAGUCAAGCUCAUGUCUCCGUCCCACGCGGAGCUCCUCCACGACCUUGAGGUUUCCCUGGACGUGGACGUCUGGCAGCAUGGCGCCGUAGCCCUGAGCGACGCUCUGGUGAUGGUGUCCCCUCAGAACAAGGAACAGUUCCUUGAAGAGUUGGAGAAGAAUGGCGUAGAACAUUAUUUGCACUUAGAAGAUGUUGCUAAGGCUUUCGAAGAGCACGACGCCGAGAUAUCGCGUUAUCAGCAGACCAGGACCAAUAGGAUGGUUUUUGAAUCAUACCCUCGGUAUGCUGAGAUAGAUGCGUAUUUGGAAAGAAUCGCGGCGGCGUACCCUGAUAUUGUGACUCUAGUCAACGCUGGGACCAGCUGGGAAGGUCGUGCCAUUAAGUAUCUGAAGAUCUCGACAACAAACUUCGCGGACACCUCCAAGCCCAUCUACUAUAUGGACGCCAUGAUCCACGCCCGUGAAUGGGUAACCACCCCCGUGGCGCUGUACAGCAUCCACCGCCUGGUCGAGGAUCUUCAAGAACAGGACAGAGACCUGCUGGAGAACGUUGACUGGAUCAUUCAUCCGCUCGUUAAUCCUGAUGGCUAUGAAUACACGCAUACUGAUGUUCGCCUCUGGCGCCGCACUCGCUCCUUCUAUCCCGAAGUCAGCGAAACUUGCUACGGUGUUGACGCUAACCGCAAUUUCAACGUCUCUUUCAACACCGUUGGCGUUUCCGACUACCCCUGCUCCGACGUCUACCCUGGCCACUUAGCCUUCUCCGAACCAGAAACCGAAAUCGUUAGAGAUAUCCUACACGAACAUGUAGACAGAAUACAACUGUAUAUGAACAUUCAUAGCCAUGGGAACUGGGUGCUGUAUGGAUUCGGCACAGGAGAUUUGCCCUCAAACGUGGCGCAUAUCCACCAUGUUGGGGCGACUAUGGGAGCUGUAAUGGAUGCUGUCAAACUGCCGGAAGCUUCGUUUUAUUUGGUUGGAAACAGUGCCUUAAUUCUUUACGCUACGUCUGGAAGUGCUCAGGAUUAUGGACAGUACAUUGGCAUCCCAUUCUCCUACACCCUGGAGCUGCCGGGCUACGGGAUGGACUUCCGCGUGCCGCCGCAGUACAUCGACCACAUCAACGAGGAGACCUGGAGGGGCAUUGCGACCACUGCUCGUCUUGCCAGGUCUUACUACGUCGCUCGCAACGCCAACUAAUAUUCAAUUGCCUAAAUGUAAAAUGAUUUUUGUUUUAUAAUAAAAACCUUCACAUGAUAUAAUAUAUCUUUAGGUGUAAU